GUGGGGAGGCUUGGCCUGCAGGUAGACUAGGAAUGGUCAGCAAGACUCAGAAAACAGACCUGGGUCUGAGGCUCCCAGAGAAGAAGAAGAAGAAGAAGAAGAAGAAGAAGAAGAAGAAGAAGAAGAAGAAGAAGAAGAAGAAGAAGAAGAAGAAGAAGAAGAAGAAGAAGAAGAAGAAGAAGAAGGUGGUUACAGAGGUCCCAGAACCAAAGACUCAAUACUCAGUUUUAAAUAGUAAUGAUUAUUUUGUAGAUAUUUCUCCUCCGAGGGUCACAUCCCCCUUUAACAAUGUGGGUGAAGUGCAGGUCUUCGAGGUGCCACUGGGCAAGAAAAAGAAGAAGAAAAGGUCCCCUGGCACUCACUUGGAUGGGCACCUGGAGCCUGAGCCCACACGGGCAAGGCAGAGAAAGACGUCCAGUCCUAGAAGGCAGGUCCUUGAGCAGUCAGCAGAAUGCCUCAUCAGAAAGAAGAAAAAGAAAAGGUGGAAGUCCUUACCACAGACCACCUCCCGAGCCUCUGGGCUGAAGACCUCCCCAGACCCCAAGCAUCCCGAGGAGGUAAGCAAAGUUGGUAAGAAGUCAAAA